UCACAGGUAGAGUGGAGGAGAGAGAAAGAGAGGGUCUACUUCUGAUUGAUGCUGUUUUGACUCUAUGGUUAGCUGUGCUAACCAUUUUCUCUAGUUAUAUAUACUGUAUAUAUAUUUAUUAAAUAAAUGUAUUCACGUUCUCCACAAACUGAUAACCCAAAAAAUAAAAGGAUUCCAUAUGUCUCUGCAUUUAUAUCAGAAAGAGGGGUAUGGUCAAUCAAAUGGCAACAAAAGCGGGGUGGAAAAGGUGGAAACACUUGUAACUGUAUUUGAUGGCAAUAAGAGAAUUGUAUUUUGGUUGUUCUGCUUUGAUCAGCAAAUGGGUCGUCGAAGGUUCAAGGAUUUAUGCAUUUUUUAGUGUGUUGGGCUUAGAAAUAUAGUUGUUGAGUAGGUGGGUGAGUGGGAUCCAAAGGGUGGCAGCGAUGGAGUCUCGAAUGGAUCAAUACGAGAUCAUGGAGCAGAUCGGCCGUGGGGCGUUUGGUGCUGCCAUUCUUGUUCAUCACAAGUCUGAAAAGAAAAAGUACGUCCUGAAGAAGAUUCGUCUCGCGCGGCAGACUGAACGGUGCCGAAGAUCUGCGCAUCAGGAGAUGGCUCUAAUUGCGCGGAUACAACACCCUUAUAUUGUUGAAUUUAAGGAGGCUUGGGUGGAGAAGGGUUGCUAUGUCUGCAUUGUCACUGGAUACUGUGAAGGUGGAGAUAUGGCUGAAUUGAUGAAAAAAUCAAAUGGUGCUUACUUCCCGGAGGAGAAACUAUGCAAGUGGUUUGCGCAAUUGCUAUUGGCUGUUGAGUAUCUGCAUUCAAACUUUGUUCUCCAUAGGGACCUCAAAUGUUCCAAUAUCUUUCUUACUAAGGAUCGGGAUGUUCGCCUUGGGGAUUUUGGACUUGCUAAAACUUUAAAGGCAGAUGACUUGGCCUCUUCUGUGGUUGGAACUCCCAAUUACAUGUGUCCUGAACUGCUUGCAGAUAUUCCAUAUGGCUUCAAAUCUGAUAUUUGGUCACUUGGCUGCUGUAUGUAUGAGAUGGCUGCUCAUCGCCCUGCAUUUAAAGCUUUUGAUAUGGCAGGACUGAUAAGUAAGAUAAACCGCUCCUCUAUUGGUCCAUUGCCUCCCUGCUAUUCUCCUUCACUGAAAACACUUAUCAAGGUAAUGCUGAGAAAGAACCCUGAGCAUCGGCCGAACGCAACCGAGCUUUUGAAGCAUCCAUAUUUGCAGCCUUAUGUUGAUCAAUAUCGCCCAACUUUCAAUCCUCCCACAUCCUGCUCCCCAGGAAAGCCUCUUUCUAUGGCUUAUGUUUCUCGGAAGAAUAUGGCUGAAAGCCAAAGCAGUAACAGUUCUAGCAGUGACAAAGAGAGUUUUCUUUCAAGUGAGAAAAACAUCCCAGAAGUGGUCUUCAAGUGUGAUAACAAAACCACUGACACUGAUUUGGCUUCUGUUGACGAGGAAGUUGGGCCUGAGCAGCUGCCAAGUGAGGAACAACAUGGCAACAACAUCCAGACUGUUAAAAUUGAUGAAAAGGAGGUUGUGAAGUCCUCUCAUGAGCAUCCAAAAACAAUUAAAAAUAUAAUGAUGGCUCUUAAAGAAGGAAAAGUUAGAGAAAAUAGUUCUCCAUUGAGAGGUAACUGUACAAAGCCAGGAGGUUUGUUAACCCAAAGAGCUAAUAUAGAUGUAUUGCCCAGAGUCUGCAAGCCCGGUGCUGUAGCUCCUUCAAAAGCUAAUGCAGAAACACCUACUGCUGUGCCAGCAAAAGCAAGCUCAGAUUCUACCAAAAGGAUUUCUUCUUUGAAGCAUCAGUUACCUGUUAUUGAAUCCCCACCAAAGACUAAACCUAGACAUGAUGUACUUCCUCCAACUGGUCUUCCUCCAACUGGUCCUUUAAAGCAAGCUGUUGAUGAUGGGCUUCUGACUAAGCCAAGGCAAAGAACCCCUCCAUCAAAUUCUGUGCGACGGCCUUCAUUUCCUGGAAGAAUGAAGCAAGCAAGAGUUGACAUUCCUAAUCCAGUGAGCAAUACAAUGAGGCUUAAUGAUGGUGAGAUAAUUCAAGGGCCUCAAAGAGCUCAAAAUUUGGUGCCCAAUGGUCACCGGAGGCAUGUUCCCAGGGAAUCCAUGCAAGAAUCGCAAAAGGCUCUAGCAGGGGCUUCUAAAGGAAUGCAGACUGAGAGCAGCAAUUCUAUCUCUUCAACAUUCUCAAUUCAAGGAUUUGAGCUUUGUGAUGAUGCAACAACUCCUUUUCCUAACUUGGCAGAACAAAUUCCUCCUGAUAAUUAUAGAAUUACUCAAACUGUAAGCACAGACUCUUGUACACCUGGCUGCAGGCCGAGUUCACAUUUGCACCCUGAGACACCUGAGAAUAUGUCAGUAGAAAGCCAUGUUGAUAAUAUAUCUUUGUCAUGCUCAGUUGAAACCUCUGAGGUGACCCUAGAUCUUCAGACCGUUUCUACUGUUGUUGACAAAGUGAAUUCAGGUGAAGUUGGGGGACCUCAAUUCCUUGCUUCAGGGGAAAUGUCUGGUUGUAAAGAUAUUACCUCUGCAAACAGGCCUUCCGUUACACCUGCUGUAACUCCCCACCCGAACUUCACUUCUAAUUACACGGGUGAUGACAAGUUCACUGUAAGGGAAUCUUCUGCAGAUGCUACUCCUGCAGCCACCUCUGUUUCAUCUACCCAAAAUAAUAUGCGGAUGGAUAAAGGAUCCAUUUCUCAAAACACAACUAUUGAAAAGCCUGCUGCCUCCCACUUUCCUCCAGCUUUUGAUGAUGUUAUACAUGUUAUUAGACACAGUAGUUACCGAGUUGGGAGUGAGCAACCAGUGACGGAACCAGUUGAGACAAAUAUGGAUGUUGGGAAGCUUAUAAAUGUAGUAAGGGAUGACUUGGAAAUGAGAAACUCGACCACCCCUAGAUCAUCUAGUUGCUCUGAAGCCAUGACUCUGAAGUCAAAUAUAUCUGAUAAUCCCGGCAAUAAAGAAGUUGAUGCAAGGAAUCCCACCUUUUCUGUCCCAAAAUCUGAUUCCUCUGAGCCAGCAAAACCAAAUUCUCCGACAGUAGAAGAAGAGACAACAAUGAAGGAAACUUUAGAUGUAAAGUGCUUUAGGCAGAGGGCUGAUGCCCUAGAAGGGUUACUUGAAUUGUCUGCAGAGCUGCUGGAGCAAAGUAGACUGGAAGAGCUUGCCAUUGUUUUGAAGCCUUUUGGGAAAGAUAAAGUUUCUCCAAGGGAGACAGCUAUCUGGUUGGCCAAGAGUCUUAAAGGAAUGAUGAUCGAGGACUCUGGACGGAGUUCGUGAAGUUUAUCAUACCUGACUGGUAAGUUUUCUACAAUAUCAUACUAGUCAGUGUUGCUCCAAUAGUACUCUUAGCUUCCUGUCAAUUUUUCACCCAUUCAAGUUCCAUAGAAAUUUUAAACUGAACAGCCAGGCCUCGACCUUCCUUUUUUCCUUUGCCUUACUGUGUAAUUCUUUGAAUGCAGUACUUUUGCUGUACAUAGUGACUACAGUUUAAGUUUUAUUUCAAUCCAAUUGUAUGGUCAAGUUGUAGUUUCUAGUAACUUGGUAAUUAUAAGUGGGGAUGAUCAAUAA